AUGGACAAUUUGGACAUCCGUCUCCACAUUGUGCUCCCCUCGCAGCUGGAGAAGUACCCAGCAAAGCAACACGCCCGUCGAGUCGCCGGCUUUCUCGGCAUCGAGAAGGGCUUGAUCUACCUUCCCGGCGCCCCGACUGCCUAUCUGGAGGACAGUGAUCAGAGUGUCUCCUUCAGGCAGCGCCGCUAUUUUUACUACCUCUCCGGCGUCGACGAGGCUGAUUGUCACUUGACCUAUGACAUCCGCUCCGACUUCCUUACGCUAUACGUCCCAUCGCCUGGGAGCCCCCGCAAGGUCUACUACAAUGGCCGUGGCUCGACCCCAGAGGAAGCCCUGGAAAAGUACGACAUUGAUGCUGCCGAUUACUCGUUCGCCGUGCCCGGCUAUGUGGAGUUCUGGAUGGCACAGAAUCCGGGCGAUGUCUACAUCCUGCAUCCUGACCAGGCCGUCGUGCCCGGCCACGACAAAUCCCCGCGCGUCAACUACACCAAGCUUCAAGUCGCCAUCGACGCCGCACGCGUGCGCAAGGACCAGCACGAGAUCAAGCUCAUCCGUAAAGCCAACGAGAUCAGCGCCAAGGCCCAUGAGAGUGUGCUCAGAAACAUCCACUCGUUGAGGAGUGAGGCCCAGGUCGAAGCCACCUUUCUUGACACCUGUGUAGCAGCUGAUGCUAAGCACCAAGCUUAUGAGAUCAUUGCCGCAUCCGGGAAAAAUGCCGCCACACUUCACUACGUCAAGAAUGAUGAGCCCAUCGAAGACCGCCAGGCCAUGUGUCUCGAUGCCGGUUGCGAGUGGCAGUGUUAUGCAAGUGACGUGACGAGGACUUUCCCCAUCGGCCGCAUGUGGUCGACCACCGAGGCCAAGGAAAUCUACGAUCUCGUAUUGGCUAUGCAAACUGAGUGCAUCGAUGCUAUCCGACCGGGCAUAAGAUAUUUGGACAUCCAUUAUUUGGCCCACCAAAUCCUUAUUGAGGGCCUUCUAGACCUCGGCAUCUUCCACAACGGAACCCCGCAGGAAAUCUUUGAUGCUGGAACAUCAUUGGCAUUCCUCCCUCAUGGACUGGGCCACCAUCUCGGGCUCGAAGUUCACGAUGUGUCUGAUGUGCCGUUGAUGGCAGCCACUGAAAAUGUGAGCUCUGUCGUCGAUCCAGAAAUGUGCAAAGCUCUCCUCCACCCGGAUCAUCCAGCUCUUGAAGAGGGCAUGGUUGUCACCGUCGAACCAGGAAUUUACUUCAACGACUACGCCUUGAAUGCGGUCUAUCUCUCGAAUCCAAUCCACUCCAAGUACAUCAACAAAGAAGUCCUCUUCCGCUACGCUCAUGUUGGCGGUGUGCGCAUUGAAGAUGACAUUCUUGUUACGGAUUAUGGGUAUGAAAAUCUCACGACUGCGCCGAAGGGAGAGGAAAUGAUCCGCAUCCUUCAGGAAGGCUUCACAGAGUGUAUGGAUCGUUUUACGUUUUCGCUGCGGUCACUGCAUCGAUCAGACAUAAUGAGUCAAAGACAGGAUGUCCUCGAAACUGAUAUCACGAAUCCUUUUAAGAGAAAGGGUAUCGAAAGCCGGACCCAGGACGUCAGUGCAGGUCCUCCCGACACCGUUCGGAAUUCGCCAGAAUCGACAACAAUAAGCCAUGUUGUUGAGCUCGAAGGAAGCCAAGCGGGCCCUCAGACCCCCAGACGGAGCCGACCGGCGAGUCUUUCGGCCGCCCCCGCUUCCUUCGAGGCUUAUGGCUGGCCACUCCAUGAAGAUGCAGUUGCAGCCGAACUCUCAAGCGAAACGGAGAGAAACCCCGAGUCACAAAUGCUAGGGGACAACCAAGCCAGUCAUUGGCGGAAGGUCCCCUCAGCCCUCGCCCGCAUGGCUUCGACUCAAUCGCUAUCCAAUCGCUCGUUGCCGGAGUACUCUCCAUCUCAAAUGUUUCAACGCCCACGACAAGCGCCGGUUCCUCCUCAAAAACUUCCCGAACUACCUGCAAAACCACUCGCCUACCGUCAGAGCAUGCCCAUAAUCGAUCCAGGUUAUCAAACUGGCAGAGACUCGCCCAGUAGGUCAUCUUGUGCCCUAGCAAGUGUCGGACCGAGACCUGGACCCACACGUUCUUCUACCGAACGGCAUCCGUACAAGGCGCAAUUCAGGAUGUCGGAGAGCAACCUCCCGGAAAUACUUGGCGAUUUUGGCUGUAAUGGGUCACGGAAUGAGGGAGAUGGACGCCUGGCGCACCGUGAAACGAUGGCUGUUUGCGGGCAGGAUUUUCAGCAAGAAUAUCAGCAUGGGUGUCAGUCCGAUCAGCCCCCCUUCGGAAUGCGCGAGCCGGCAAUGCAGCAUAGGCGGCAGCAACAGGCUUCAGCACAUGGCUUGCAGGACUACCAUACACAACUCGAGCUGCUGGAACAGCAGCAGGACAAGCAAAUGCAACACGCUUCAGGCUAUGAGUUGCACGACUACGAGAUGCAACUCAAGCUACUGGAGCAACAGAACAGGCGCCGCCUCAGUAUUGCUCGGGAAGAGCAGCGUGAGCGUGCGGCAAGAUGGUUCGACAGGACCAGACAGCCGGCACUGAUGAUGGCCCAGCUACCGUCAUCUUCACCGAGCUUGAACCACACGGCCGGGUCUCAUAUGAAGUAUUGA